CUCCAACCGGCGCAGCGUGAUGACGUCUCGUGUUCGGGCGCGCGGUUUGGGUGUAAAGUUUUACUGACAGAAACAAACAAACGAACAAACAGAUUUACUGUCAAAUAAAAUCGUGUUUGAGACGUUAGGCCGGUCUGUGGGACUGAAGCAGCGGCAGGGGACAGCAUGUCCUCAGCGGGGACAUGGACUGGGACCAGCUGGAGCUCCACCCGCGGAUCAUAGCGGCCGUCCGGAGAGCUAAACUGAAGUCCAUCAGGGACGUGUUGUGUGUUUCUGGUCCAGACCUGCAGAGACUCACCGGCCUGUCACGCUCAGACGUCCAGCAGCUGCUCACCGCCGCCGCCACCACUUGCAGACGUCACCCUCCAACCCCAGCCCUCCUCCUCCAGCGUGGAGAGUGUGGCGGGUUCAAGUCCGACCUCAGACUCAGUGUCGGGUGUCCCGUACUGGACGAGCUGCUGAGGGGGGGUCUACCUGCGGGCGGCAUCACCGAGGUGUCGGGAGAGAGCGGAGCGGGGAAGACUCAGCUGGCUCUGCAGCUCUGUCUGUCUGUGCAGUACCCGACAGAGUACAGAGGGCUGAACUCAGGAGCGGUGUACAUCUGCACUGAGGACUCGUUUCCCAACAGACGUCUGCAGCAGCUGAUCAGAGAACAGUCCAGUCUGCGCACCGACGUCCCUCCGUCCCUGAUCAGCAGCCUCCAGUUCAGUGACCACAUCUACAUCGAACAUGCUGCCGACCUGGACUCGCUGCAGGUGUGUCUGUCCCGCCGUGUCCCCCUGCUGCUGGCUCGCGGUCUGGUCCGCCUCCUGGUGGUGGACUCUGUGGCGGCUCUGUUCAGGGCUGAGUUCCAGGCUGCUGAUUGGCUGGAGAGGAGCAAACAGCUGAUGACCUUCUCCUCCACACUGCACCACCUGAGCCUGGAGUUCACCACACCUGUCCUCUGCAUCAACCAGGUGACGGAUGUUUUCAGCAGCUCAGACGACAGUUUGGGCCCUCUGUCCUCCAGCGUGUCCCCAGCUCUGGGGUUGGUCUGGGCCAAUCAGGUGAUGGUUCGGCUGAUGAUGCGGCGUCUUCAGGGGACAGUCGCCCGUGGCAACCAGAGCAGCGCCCUCCGCAGGCUGGAGGUUGUGUUUGCUCCUCACCUGGCCCGAGACGGGCGAGACGCUGCUGUGUGGAGAGAGGGGGUCCGAGGAGUUCAGACAUGAUCCGACAGUCCAGAUUAAACCUUUGUAAAUACAUGUAAACAUGUGUAAACAUAUGUAAACAUGUGUAAACAUAUGUAAACAUGUGUCAACAUAUAUAAACGUGUCAACAUAUAUAAACGUGUGAGUGUAUAAAGUGAGGCGUGUGAGAGCUGAUGACAUUAAAGGUUAUAAAUGAGAUGAUGUCACUGUUUGGGUCGUUAUGUGCAGUGUGACGGUCGGAGGUGAAACUGAACUCAGGUCAGAUUUUAAAUGAACUGAUGAGAGAACAUGUUCAUGAGUCUGUGGACAGCAGCUUUAUUUACUCUGAUCAGGUUUAUUGAUCCUCCUUCAGUUUCAUGUCAGCUGAUCACAGAAUGAUUACCAUGUAAUAUUACAGAGGUACAAACACUACAUGUUAGAACACUAUUUGUUUCUCUGAAUUGCUCUGAUGAUUAAACCACCUUUUAUAUUCUGGAGCUUUCACUGUCUUCAUCACUGGAUCAUUUUGUUAAAUAAAUAUUGAUGUUUAAGAUGUUUUUCUGUUGUAAAUAAACUUUAAUGAUUAAAGUUCAAAUGUUUUAUA